UUUUGAUAGUAAAACUUGUAUUUUCCCAUCGAUCAUUCUCUGUGACCUUUCGAUAGUUUCACUCACGCGCCCAUCUCUAAGUGGAGCACAAGCCACGAGCUUUUCUGUGUGCUUGCGAUAAGAUAUUGUACUUGAUAUCUGUGGAAGUGUCGCAGCAAAGAAAUUCAACAGCGAUUUGUCAGCUAACUGUGCAGUGUGGUAGUCAACACGUUCCCAGAAAGAACUCCCAAACUCCAUGACGAUGACGAGAGCCGCCACCACAAAAAGACUGAACUUUGCACCAAAAUUCAUCAGUGGAUUGCUGUUGCUGCUGCUGCUGCUGUUGGAUGGCACACAAACGGAGCAAAUCGAUGCUAAUGAUGAGGAAGUGGAUCGCUUCUGUUAUCCCGCCAAGUAUAAGAACACACGCCUCUCCUGUGAGUGCAGCAAUGUGAGUGCCGCACCGUGGGGCAUGCGUGCGUUGCACAUUGAUUGCAGCUAUAAGGACUUCAAGGCCGAGGAUCUAACGGGUCUGCUGCCACUCUACAUUGAUACCUUGGAUCUGUCGUGGAAUGCUUUGGAUCGUGCGCCAGUGUUUACCAGCGAUAGUCUGCGUCUGCUCAACUUGAUGCACAACAACAUCAGCUCGAUUGCGGCCAACAACUUUGGCAGCUUGACGAGUCUGCGUGAGCUAUACUUAAGCUGGAAUAGCAUUCAACAGCUGGACGCACAAGCGUUUCAGAGUUUGCCCCAUCUUACGGUGCUCAGUCUGGAGCACAACAAUCUGCACACGCUGCCAUCGCAAAUCUUUUCCCCGCUGUUGGUGCUGGCCACGCUGGAGCUGUCGUGGAAUCGCCAGCUAAAUCAGAGCAUUGGCCAGGAUGUCUACACCACCUUUGGCAUCAAUCAGAAGUUGCAGAAACUCCAGCUGGAUGCGUGCAAUCUGCAGGAACUUCAACUCCCCAGAACGGCGCCAUUGAUCGAGCUCUCGCUGCGUCGCAAUCAGUUCGAGCGUGUGCCCAGUCAGCUGCCCGCAUCGCUGCACAGUCUGGACAUCAGUGAGAAUCGCCUGCAGCAUUUGCAGCCGGAGGAUACGCGUCAUCUGUCCCAGAUUCGUCAACUCUUCGUGGAGGACAUGCCACAGCUACGCAGCAUCGAUGCCCAUUCGCUGGCCUCGCUUCAUGCGGUGGAAUCAAUGAGUUUCCAGAACACACGCAGUCUCAACUAUAUCGAUGGCGAUGCCUUCGUUUCGGAGAGUGGAAAUCAAACGCUUCCGCCAUUGAAAUCGAUCAUAUUUCGCGGCACUUUGGUGCGCAGUUUUAAUGCCAGUCUGUCGCCGGUUUUUAGCAAACUCACCGAACUGGACCUCAACGGUGUGCCGCUUCAUUGCGACUGCAAGCUAGAAUGGCUCAAGAAUCUGGACAUCCAGACCAACGGACGUUGUCUGCUUCCAGCCAGAGUGCGUGGCAUGCUCAUCUCCUCGGUGCGCCGUGACGAGUUCAGCUGCGAAAAGUGGCCACGUUGGAUCUAUGGCAUUAUCAUUCUCGGACUGAUUGCCCUUUGUGCCGCUGGCGUCUAUCUGAUUGUCAUGGGUCUCCGACCACAUCGAGGUGUCACAAUGCGACGCAAGGUUGGAGCGGGCAGUCCUUAUGCCCGUGUCACCAUUGAACCCAAUCGCCAGGAGAACGUACAUUAAGCUCUUUAACUUAUAUUACCUAAGUCUGUGUUAGUUUUGUAGACUAUAUAACUUAAAUACAUUUUAUAAAUCAAA